AUGCAGGCACGGGGCGUAAAUCUGUCGUGUGUGCGGAGCUGUGUGGUGGUGGCCGAGGAGCGUCCCCGCCUGGCCCUCUCCCAGUCCUUCUCCAAACUCUUCAAGGACCUGGGCCUCUCCCCGCGGGCCGUCAGCACUGCCUUCGGCUCCAGGGUGAACCUGGCAAUCUGCCUGCAGGGAACAGCAGGACCUGACCCUUCCACAGUCUAUGUGGACAUGAAGUCUCUCCGACACGACAGGGUGAGACUGGUGGAGAAAGGCGCUCCUCAGAGUCUGCCCCUCAUGGAGUCAGGCACAAUCCUUCCUGGAGUGCGGGUGAUAAUUGUGAAUCCAGAAACCAGGGGGCCCCUGGGCGACUCCCAUCUUGGGGAGAUCUGGGUGAGUAGCCCCCACAGUGCCAGUGGUUACUACACCAUCUAUGGAGAGGAGAGCCUGCAGGCUGACCACUUCAACACGCGCCUCAGCUUCGGGGAGACGCACACCCUGUGGGCACGCACCGGCUACCUGGGCUUCGUCAGGAGGACCGAGCUGCUGGACGCCAGUGGAGAUCGGCAUGAUGCUCUGUUUGUGGUGGGCUCCCUGGACGAGACCCUGGAGCUGAGAGGACUGCGCUACCACCCCAUUGACAUCGAGACCUCCGUGUCCCGAGCCCAUCGCAGCAUUGCGGAGAGCGCUGUGUUCACCUGGACCAACCUGCUGGUGGUGGUGUCCGAACUGGCCGGCUCGGAGCAAGAGGCUCUGGACCUGGUGCCGUUGGUCACCAACGUGGUGCUGGAGGAGCACCACCUGAUCGUGGGCGUGGUCGUCAUCGUGGACCCGGGCGUCAUCCCCAUCAAUUCGCGCGGCGAGAAACAGCGCAUGCACCUGCGCGACUCCUUCCUGGCCGACCAGCUUGACCCCAUCUACGUGGCCUACAACAUGUGAAGCUCCUGCCCAGCCAUCACCACCACCACCACAGCCCUCUCCUGCCGAGUCCCAAACCACCCAUGCAGCCCAGCCAAGCCACCACCACAGCCCUCUCCUGCCGAGUCCCAAACCACCCAUGCAGCCCAGCCAAGCCACCACCACAGCCCUCUCCUGCUGUCCCAACACCCCCCCCCCC